GACAAAUCUUUCUAUAGCCAGAAAGCGAAUCGGUGCUUCCAAAUUCCAAUAACCACGUUCCUAUUUCCCCAUUUCUUUACAAAAUCAAAGCAAACCAGAAGACUUUUCUUCUGCUUCUUGUACCUCAGCCUAUACCCACCUCAACCUAUUAGAUUCGACACUAUUUUGGACCACAAAUUGCUUUACAAAUUCCAAUUUCAGGUACCUUUUAACCUUUUCAGUCCUUUUCAAAUCGAUGAAGCCUUUUCGUGCACCUAUAAAUGCGACAGCAGCCUCUUUAAUCACCUACAGAUCAAGAAAACCAUCAAGAAUGAAUCAUGGCGGCGGUGGUGCUAAAGACCAUGGUAAGGAGGGUGGUGGUGGCGGAGGAGAUGAGGUCAGGUACAGGGGUGUCAGACGUCGUCCAUGGGGGAAGUAUGCGGCGGAGAUCCGUGAUCCUAACAAGCAGGGUGUUAGGGUUUGGCUUGGGACUUUUGCCACGGCGGAGGAGGCUGCCAGAGCUUAUGAUCGAGCAGCUUUCGAUAUGAGGGGUCACAUGGCAGUUCUGAACUUUCCGGCGGAAUACCCUCCGACAUUUUCUGCUGCUGCUUACAGUGCUUCCAUCAGGGCUGCCACCUCUUCGUCGUCCACCAGAGAAGUAAUUGAAUUUGAAUGCUUGGAUGAUAAUGUGUUAGAGGAUCUUCUUGAUUAUGACAAUGCCAAAAACAAGAAGUGAAAAUUUGUAAGCUGGGAUCAUAUAAUUAAAUAAUUAACACAUAGUUUUUUUUCAAACAAAAA